ACUAGGAGGAGAUUAAAUUCCUUAAGGAAACACUGUGAAUUCAGUGGGUUCGAAUUAAUUUUUGUUUCAGUUAUAUCAUUUAUAUUUACGUAUGUUACUGCUGUAGGUAGCUGAUAAAGAGGAUAACAUAUAUCUAAGAGUGGAAAAGUUAAAACUUGCUCUUCCAUUAUUCCAUAUUUAUACCAGAUAAGAAGUACUAUACAGGAAACAACAACAAUCUUCUUCUAGCUCUCUUCAGAUUUUCGAAUGUAUAGCUGAAAUCCAUGGCUGUUGUUGCAAUGUUUUUGCCUAACUGUCUCUUCAAUAUUCUUAGGCAUUCACUUUAUAAAUUUUAAUUUGCAUGAUCGUUAUUUUUCUUUAAACUUUCAAAGACUACUCUUUCAGUUCUUUUCGUCUUCACAGUUCAGUGUUACAUUUAAUUUCGAUUAUGCUUUUCUUUCAAUUUUUGCCUAAACUUUUUCAAGUUUUCUUCGCCCUUUCCAGUUUCAUGGCUGAAAUUAGUGACUAAUGUUGUCCUUUUCUUCUGAUCCUCUUAAAUUUUCCACAUCUGCUCUGCUUAGGGAAGUUAUUAUGAGUUCCCAAGUUGGUAAUUUGUUAAAUCUCUCAUCAACUAGAAAGUCUUAUUUUGACAUAUUUCAAAUACUAGAUAUUUUCGUUUCUAUAUAUCUUACUGCGUCAAGAGAAACCAAAAUGAAUUUUUCGAUUUUUUAGCAUAUUUCUUCUUCCUACUUGAAAUGAUGGUAUGGCUCCUCAUUUUUCAGUUUUUGUUUCUUAUUCAGAUGUAUUCUAUGUUUUGGAUAUUUAUGCUUCUGCAACUGUGAAAGAAUUCCCUAGCAAAAGUUUAGAUUUGUAUCUUAAUUUUGGCUACAAAAAUUAAAUAUGUAAUUCAAGCCUCAAUCCUUAGAAAAAUAUUCAGGGAAUAGAAAAGUUGCAGAGAUAUCGAAUAUGAAUCAUAACAAUGAUGAGCACUUUGGAAAAAUAUAUGCUGACAAAUUAAGAGGACUAAGAGAUGUGCAUUACAUAAACUAAAUUUUCUACACGUUAAAAUUCUUGAAAUACCACUUUAUUGUUUUUAAGAUACGCCAUCAUCGGUUUCUUUCAAAGACUGUCUUCCUAAUCUUGUGCAAGAGAUCAGGGAUUAGCAUACACUCUUUCUUAGUUGCUCAUCUAAUUUAGGAGAGCUAUUCCAAUGAAAGAGGGUUCUUAAAUUCCUAAAAUUCUAUUUGCUAGGUCAUAAGUUGAUUAUUGUUUCUUUUGAGCUUCUAGAUCGUAUAUGCAAAGUGAUUGAUUAUUUUAAUAAAAAGUCCUUUUUGAUGGAACUGAAUCUUGGACCCCACACAACCGGAAGACUUGGAGCAGCUAAGAGGGCUUUUUUUAACUUUAUUUUGUUGAGAAAGAUGGUCAUCUAAUUAAAAUUUAUUUCCUUUUCUUUUAAGUGUUGGGACAAGCUAAUGAGACAAGUAUUUUGACAUAGCAAUUUAUUAUACUAAUAGAUGCUGAAUCUUUCACUAGGUUCAGUCAAAGAAAUAUUUAAAUAGUAUAUUCUAGAGGUAUUGAUUUUAUCUCCUCUAACCAAAACCAUUGAUUGUAUGGACAAUGCAUCUCAGACGGUCCAUUAAAAUGCAAGUUGGUUCUGUCUCUCAUUGCAUCUAUGCCUGCUAAAUUACACUUUUGUGUUUGAUUGUUUUAUUUUUUAUUUGAUAAUAUCUAAUUUUCUUAAAACAUUCUUCUAUUUGUUGUUUGUUAUGCAUCCUUAUAGCCGUAUAUGCAUUAUCUCUACAGAAAGAUUGAAAUUAAAAUAUUAUUUUUCCAUUGAGGUGAUAUCUUGGGAUGUUAAUUGAAUAUUACAGUAGAAAGGAAGAAGGUUAAUCAGUCUUGUAAACAUGCAUUAUAGUUUGCUAAAUGAUUAAUCCAUAUUAUAUAAACAGAUUAAGUUCUUGAAUUUUUAAGUUUUAAAGUAAGAUAUAUAAAGUUUUCAGAAAAAUGGUGCAUCCAGCACAUGAAGUGAUUUGCAAGUUGUCUUCAAGAAAUUUUUUAUUAAAUUUAUAUUUUGGGUUCUGAAAUGCUAUUCCUUUUGGGUAUCGGUUACUUUCAGUUAAAGCUAUAAUUGACUUGGAGAAACAAGCUGCUAAUGACACACUAGGUGAAAGAAAGAUUUGUAUAACCUGACUGUUUGUUGAUUCUGAGAAGCAACUAAAUCUUUUUACUUAGCUCCAUACUUCUUCAUUUGUCAAACUUCAUAAGAGGAUUUUGAUCAAGUGUUGAGUCAAAAGGUGUAUUGCACUUCUCUAAGCUAUAAUUAUAGAAAACUUGUGCAUAAAUUUUUCCUGUAAUUAGAUAGUUAUGAUCUAGUGUUGAAACCUUAGUUGCGAAUAUAUUUCUUAGUUUCAUUUAUUGCAAUUCAAUUUGAGCCAAAUGAAAAUGUUCUAACCAUAAAAUAUUAUGGCAAGGACAGUAAAGACAAAGUUGUAAAUGGUAGUGAUCCAUGUGUGUUGAAAAAUUGUGGUAAAGUUUAUAAUUGGGCCUUUUAAAUGCUGAUGUUGCUAUAUGACUGCUAGGUAGCUCUAUGCCAUACAGUUAGAAGCUGAAUAUUCUGAUUUAAUGUAGUAUGCAAGACCACUAGGAAGUGAUAGUAGGUAGACAAUUGAUCACAUAAAAUCACAUUCAUUGAGUUAAGAGGUGUGUGUAAGAAAUUUAUGCUCUAUUCAUUUAUUCUUUUGAUGAGAAUCAGUUUCUGUUCAUGUCCUCUAUCUAAAGUUACCAAGAUCCACCACUGAUACUUUGAAUGGCCACGCUCAAUGCAGUUAAAUUUUGGCUGCUCAGUGAUUGUUAUUUGAAUCUGCAGGUAAUAUCAUGUAAAUUCAUUUUCUUCGUUUUGAUUUCAAAUUCAAUUUUAGGGUUGUUUGACAUAAAUUUUAUAUAUUUGAUUGAUAUCUUUAUUUUUGAAGAUUUGUAUGUGACUUUGGUAAUAUUUGAUUUUUGAAAUAAGUAGAGUCACUUAAGAACAAGUAUCUGAUUUCAAGUUGCCUCAUAUAACACUAAGCCGAUGAAUCUAUCUCUCUUGCGAAAAGUCAUUAUGAGAAUACUACGAGAGGUAGCUAGAUUUUGUGAAGGUCCUUUGCUAGAUUGUGCCAGCAAUGUAGAAUAUAUGGAUGAAUAUCUAGGUUAUCCAGAAGGAUAAGUAGUGCAAGUCCCUCGAGCCAUAUGCACAUUCCAGCGCUGCUUGGAGGCAUUUAGAAUUUAUAUUAGUAAGCUACUAAAUAAAAAUUUCUUAUCAUCUCAUCCAAUGAUGAUAGAAACUUUCUAGAUUUCAAUGAUAAUAAAAUAAAUUGUAUGGCUUUGCAGAGUAUGGUAGCAAUAGUAGAAAUGACAGGAGAUCGAGUAGAGGUUAACGUUAAUGAAAAUCGACAAGAAAAAGCAAUCUGGUUCUAUAUACUUGUGGAGUGAUGGGUUCCAUUAGCGCCUCAUGUCAUGUCUUUUAAGCAUUGUAGUUUUUUUGCUUUUGAAGUAGGAAUACGUUAUGUCUUUUUAUGGAAUUUAGCUUUUUUUAUUUUAAACUUGUAAUUUCAAACAGAGUAAACUGUCAUGCCAAAGAAUUUUUUAUGUACUGUAUAGUGUAUACAACCAAAUAUUAUAUAUUGUGUAUUUGUAUGGAUGUUUUAUAUUCAGCUAUUCAGUUCCCCUAUUGCAACUAUUAUAAUUAAUUUUCUGCUAUAAUCAAUUUUAUGCUUGUGUGAAAUCGAAAUAUACUACCACCGCAGAAGUGUUGGGCCCCACGGGCAAUUAUAACAGAAGAAAAAGUGUGGGAAGGGAAGAAGAAAAAGGUUUUGAAGACCUACUUUGACUUGGCAUUUCUUCAAUAUUAAAUAAGUAUUCGCUAACGCAAUUUUUCAAGUGUUUUGACUAUUGAAUGAUUGUGGGCGGAAAUGUGUUACACCUAAACACGUUAAUAGUUUAGUUUAAAUUUCCAAAAUCCGAAUUCUAGACUCAAGAUCAUGGCUUCCGUCGAUUUAGGGAAUCCAUCUAACAAACAAACAGUGACUGUCACCGGAGUUGAAGAAACCCUAGACCGAAUCAGUCAAUUGCCGGAAUCACUCAUGAUUCAAAUUCUCUCUCUUUUGCCAACCAAGGAGGCAUUCAGAAGCUGUAUUCUAUCAAAAAGGUGGCAGUAUCUCUGUACUUCAGUUUAUAAUCUAAAUUUCACUGACGCUGAUAAUAUGCCACAAGAAGCCUUUAUAUCCUAUGUAGACUCUGCCUUAGCUCGUUGCACUUCUUCCAAAAUCAAAAUAUUCCAGCUCACUUUCGGUUGGCAGCAUGUUUACUGGUCGCAAUACAGCCAAUGGCUGGCAUUUGCUGUCGAAAAAGAAACGGAACAUGUUGAAUUGAAGUCAUUUGGUGAUGAUUAUGACAUUUUCACAUUGCCUCAAUUCAUCUACACUUGUUCGUCGUUGAUAACAUUGAAAUUGAUCCGCUGUGCACUUGAUAAAGAAGUAAUUAUAGCGUGGAAGUCGCUAAAGAGCUUAGUGUUGAUCGAUAUGGUGUUAGAUGGUGACGAUAUUGUGAACCUACUCUCAGGUUCUCCUGCUUUGGAAACUUUGGAAUUUAAUGUAUGCAUGGGUUUCCGUCGUCUCGAAAUUAGUUCGUCAAAUUUGAAGAGACUAAAUAUUAAAAGCUGGAGGUUGUUGGAUGUCGAAGAUGAUCAUUCCUUGGAAAUUUUUGCGCCAUAUCUUCAGCAUUUGGAGAUCUCUGGAAGUAUUUCUGAUCUCAAGUGCAGGCUACUAAAUGUAUCCUCUCUGGUCAAUGCUAAACUUACUUUCAACAAUGAUUGCGAAAAAGAUAUUCAGGAUUGGAAUGGAUAUCAUGUCGAUGAUGCAGUGGACAGUUGUCGUGAUUAUCAUCAAUCAUUUAUCAUCGUCGUGCAAGAUUAUCUUCAAAAGUUAAGUAAUGUGACCAACCUCACAAUUGGAACAUGGUUAACAGAGGUCCUGUGCAUGCUGCAGCUCGAAGAGGUGCCAAUUCCAGAACUAAAAUGCAAAUAUCUAACACUAAAGUUACAUUUAAAAAAGCUUAAUUUGUGUGGGGUAGCUAGCCUUUUGCGAGCCUCGCCUCAUGUGGAGACACUCAACAUAGACGUGGCAACGAUGAGUCUUCAUGAUUCCUUCUGUCACUUUAAGUUAAGAUAUUUGGCCAAAGGAGAUAAUGUUGAUUUGCGGAUAUGGACUUCAAGCUUUGUGUUUCCCAGCCUCAAGAAUGUUAAGAUUGUCAACUCCUUGGGGGUGUGCUUGAAGGAUCAUUUCAAACCGGGCUGUGACAAGCUUUUCGAACUUUCAAAAAUUCUGUUAAAGAACGCGACUGUUUUGGAGAAGUUCUUUAUCGUAUCAAAGAAAAGAAAGUGCAGGAGAUGUUCAACGGACUGUGUGUCCCAAUAUUUUCUUCAAUUGGCUGAGAAAUUGUUAGGUUGUCCAAGAUCCUCCACCAAUUCUGUGAUUCUCUUCCAAGAGUGAGCUUUUCAUGAUCUGACUGCCAGUAGUUUCCUGUGGCAGUAUAUACAAGAAAUGUUGACUUAUAUUGAGUUCUUGGUAAGCUGCUCAUGCUAUCAUGAAUUUUAACUUCUCUAUAAGCUUGUAACUAAUUACUUUUUAUUAUUGGCCUUACCCAUGUGGCAUACCAAAUGUUAUUGUAUCUUGGUUUAUCAUGAUUCAUGAAGUAUUUCUUUGUUGCAUUUUAGGUGGUGCACAUGCGCCUUGAAAUUUUCUGGCGACUCUUAGCAAGUCACAUUUUUUUA